CACUGUUCGAAAAUAUACCAGCAGCAGCAAACGUUUGCAAAAGAGACGAAUUCAUUAGUUUAAGGCGGAGAAAACUGGCUGCGGCUGCUUCUCCGUCCACUUCUUGAACAUUACUGGACAUUUCUUACAGGUUGACUGCCCCCCUUGCCCCUUGCCUUGCCUUGCCCUGCAAGAAUUUGCAUGAGGUCAGAAACAAGAAGUGGAUACUUGGGUUGACACUUUUUUGUAGCUUACGAGGACAACAAUAAUAGAGGUUUUAUCUAGGGGUGUUAUCACUCUGGUUUUGUCCAAGUGUGUUAUCCAUUAAAAAUCUGCAAACUUGAACUGAAACUACCUACCUAUUCAUCAAAUAUUGACUCAGCCGGUCCUACAAUGGAGGUGGCUGUGGCCAGAGAUGCGGGCGACCAGCCGGCCACCUCUCAGAACUGGGUGGUGCAGCCGCUGCUUACAGAUUUGUACCAGAUCACGAUGGCCUACGCCUAUUGGAAGUCGGGAAAGACCAAGGAGCAUUCUGUUUUUAACCUCUUCUUCCGCAAGAACCCCUUCCACGGCGAAUUCACCAUCUUUGCCGGCCUCGAGGAGUGCCUCAAAUUCGUGAAGAACUUCCGCUACUCCGACACAGACAUCAGCUACCUGCGUUCGGUGCUGCCGGCGAGUGUGGAGCCGGAGUUUUUCGACUACCUGCGUCACCUGACCACAGAGGAUGUGGUACUGCACGCCGUCGAUGAGGGCGAGGUAGUCUUCCCCAGGGUCCCGCUGCUGAUCGUGGAGGGUCCGCUGGUGGUCUGUCAGCUCCUGGAGACCACCCUGCUGACCCUGGUCAACUUCGCCAGCCUGAUGGCGACCAACGCCGCACGGUACCGGAUGGCAGCCGGAAAGGAUAUUCGGCUGCUGGAGUUCGGACUGAGGCGCUCCCAGGGACCGGACGGUGGCCUGUCAGCCUCCAAAUAUGCCUACAUGGGCGGGUUCGACGGCACCAGUAACGUGCUGGCCGGCAAGCUCUUCAACAUCCCCGUGAAUGGCACGCACGCGCACGCGUACGUCACCUCCUUCUCCGAGCUGGAGGAGCUCCAGAACAAGUGCCUGAUGCCGCGGGACGGCGGAGAGCCAGUGGACGUCCUCGAGCGGGCACUCGCCUGGCGAGAGAAGCUGGCACUCGUGUUUAACGUGCUGCCCGAGGAAGCGUCCGCCGGAGAGCUGGCAGCCUUCCUCAGCUUCGCGAUGGCCUAUCCGAACGGGUUCCUGGCGCUUAUAGACACGUAUGAGGUUUACAGGUCGGGUCUGCUCAACUUCUGCGCCGUGGCGCUGACCCUGAACGACCUCGGCUACCGGGCGCUGGGCAUUCGGAUCGACAGCGGCGACCUGGCCUACCUGUCCCGCACGGCGCGGGACAUGUUCGAGAAAAUCAGUCAACAGUUCGACAUUCCAUGGUUCGCCUCCAUGACGAUCGUAGCCUCCAACGACAUCAACGAGGAGACCAUCAUCUCACUGAACGAACAGGAGCACAGCAUCAACUGCUUCGGCAUCGGCACCCACCUAGUAACAUGUCAGCGGCAGCCGGCGCUGGGCUGCGUCUACAAACUGGUGGAGAUUAACGGCAAGCCGCGGAUGAAGCUCAGCCAAGAGGUGGAGAAAGUCAGCAUCCCGGGACGCUCGGCCUGCUACCGGCUCUUUGGCAAGGACGGCUCGGCACUGAUCGACCUGAUGACGCGGUUCGGCGAGCCGUCGCCUGAGGCGUCCAGCACGCAGAAGACGCUCUGUCGUCACCCGUUCCAGGAGAAGCUGCGAACCUACGUGAGCCCGUCCAAGGUGGUGAAUCUACACCGGACCUACUGGAAGGACAACAAGGUGCAGCUGCCGCUGCCGUCGCUGUUCGAGAUUAGACAGAGGGUCCAGGCGUCACUCAUGUCCCUGCGAAAGGACAUCAAACGCAAUCUCAACCCCACGCCCUACAAGGUCGGUGUGUCGGUGGAGCUGUACAAGUUUUUACACGACCUGUGGCUGGAGCACGCACCAAUCGGAGAGCUGGUUUGAGCGCCGGCUCCGCGGAGCUGGUCGGACCGGACCGAAGGCGGUCGGGGUGACCCCCGGCGUCAGCGAAUGCGACCGAAACGCACAGCAAUGCAGUGGAUGCCGGGCCCAAGGCUGGCGGUAGCGUGGAGUGUAAGAUGAAUGAUGAUGUACGGCUGUUUGGUGACGGCAUUGCCACUGGCAGUGAUGGUUGCUGGAGAGUCAUGUUGACUGUUAAAUGAUUGCGGUGUGCGUUCGUGUGCCAGUAAUAGUUCGAAGCUCAGAACAAUGAGUUACUCAUUAACGCCAGUAGAUGUGUGAGCUGUGUGGAGUCGGCUCCAGAGCCGAUGGCCAGAUUCCGGCGGCGGUCUAGCGACUGGAAAGGACGUGGAGCCUCUGUGAGAGGCUGGCCUGGGAUCGGUCGCAGACUCAGAGCUGCAGCAGUGGAGCCACCGCCCUGUCCGGCUCUGAGGGACGUGCAAUCGGUUGUAGCUGCCAUUGGAGGACAUAUAUCUGGGAGUGCGGUGGUAGAGUUGGACGCAGUUUGAGGCAGGGUACUCGGACGUACUGGCCUGGGGUCAUUCCUGGAGUCUGCGGAUGGGCGGAGCACUGAAUGGUGACUGCCCUGAAUGUUGGAUUUGUCGGUUUUGCCAAAUUGGUUCCAUGCCCGCUGGUCGCAGUGAAGGCGGUUAAUAUUUGUACGUUACAGACGAGUGGCGUAGCAAUGCAAUGUCCCUAAGAUAUAUGUGCUGAUCAGGCCGGUACGUGUAGAACGAUGCAAAGCUGCUGUACACGUAGAUUAUUACAAUGCACGAUAUUACGAUAUGCAGGUAUCGUAGAAAUAUGGCGGUGGCGUCUCACUCCCAUUCCCAGUAUAGUGUUAAAAACUAUAAUUAUCGCAACUAUGGUGCCGUCAAACUGUUGAGCGGGGCUAUGCGAGCGCCAUCAGUGCGUAGUGUGCCAUGUCGUUUGAAUAUCUCUAAGUCCCUGCCAAGUGUCUGCUUUCACUCUUUGCGCUGUGUGCGAUGUUCUGGUUUGAUGAUAAGCUGCACGCCUAAUUCGCUCAGUCAAAAAGUGCUCGCACUUCGCCUAUCCGGCUGACUAUUCGACGUUUCCUGUCGCGCAAAUGCUUGUAGUCGUUAGAGAUGGUAUUAGAAAACAAAUAAACAAGUAUAUUGCU